UUCCUCUUCUAGUUAGCUCUAUACCAAUCAGAUCAGAACACUAGACCGACUUCCUUUCGUUCGAGAAAAUGGGGAUUCGGUUGCUAUCUUUGGUUCCUCAUGCCAAGCAAAUUCUAAAGAUGCAGUCAAGUUUCACCAAAAACCAGUUGGACGUUCCAAAAGGCCAUGUGGCUGUUUAUGUGGGAGAGAUCCAAAGGAAACGAUUCGUGGUUCCGAUAUCUUACCUAAACCAUCCAUCGUUCCAGAAACUGCUCGGUCAUGCCGAGGAGGAGUUUGGCUUCCAUCAUCCACAAGGAGGCCUAACAAUUCCUUGCAGGGAAGAUGCCUUUGUUGAUCUCACUUCUAGAUUGCAAGUUUCUUGAAGGAUCAACAGCAAAGCACAAGCUUAAAUUUUUUGACAAACAUUUCUGUUUGUUUCUGACACAUUUGUUUUUUUGAUUCAUACUAGAAUGUUGUAGAAUGGCAUACCCUUCUUGCCUGCAAAUGAGUGGCAUUGUAAUGGUGCAUUUAGCAACAGAAAUGA